GAGGGGAGGGGACUCGCACGAACAACUUCUGUACGCCGACUUCACUGUAAUUUUAGUAAUUUUACGUACUCAAUAACAUCAAUGAUGGAGUUUUAAAGUGAACUGAUUGGCGAAUUGGCGAUUAAAAGUCGGUAAUUAAUAUURUUAAGUGUAAAACGUCUUAUCGGCGAUAAGUUAUCGCAAAAACGCRCGUCUCGAGUCUCUAAUUUCUAUAAAAGUCUACUGUAGUCUUUGGUACGUGCACAAUCGUCAGUGCUUGCUCGUUGUUUAAAACCGUUUUGAGCGUUAUUAUUACUCGUUAGUAGUCGUUACACCGCAGCCGAUCCUCAUCAUUUGAAAUUAAAGUGCAAUAUAUUUUAUUGGAGUGAUAGUGUACCGUUGCCGCGAUUAGCACGGUCACCGGUGAUCACUGUCCUUUAAAUAUCAUAAAAGUAAUUAAAAUUGAUGUUGAGAUGUUCAGCGUGGAGGCCGUUCAUAGUGCUUUCCAAGAAGCUCUGAUCGAAGAUGAUGACGUGGACGUGAAGAACUAUGCGUUGGCCUAUCAAGAACUCUGCAAAUUCUGUUCCCAACUGGGUGGCUUGUUCGGUUUCGUGGUCAGCGAUCUUGAGAAUAAGAUCGGACUCCUUAAACAGCUAGUAACUGAAGAUGAGCAAAACUUUUCCACUGUUCAGACUAUGAUAAUCCAUGAGAUUUCCAAGGAGUUGGUGUUCUCUGGUCGUUCUGGCUCCAUAACAUUGUUGAGAUUGCAUCGCGGUCUUGAAUUCAUUAUUCUAUUCAUGUCUAAACUUAUUCACCUUCAACCUGAUGAUAGCACUAAACACUGUGCUCAAGAAGCAUAUAAUCAAACAUUGGCCAGACACCACACAUGGAUUAUAAGAAAUGGUGCUCUGUUCGCUAUGAAUUUCCUUCCCUGUCAAAAAGUCUUGUAUAAACAGGUAGGUAUUUUUAAUAUGACAAAUUAGGUACCCCUUGGCAUUUUAUAUGUCAUACUUUCAUUGACACAUUUUAGAAUUUUAAUAUUAUAAACUAAUAUAACAUUUGAAGUAAAUUCAAUUAAGCAUACUAUUCAAAAUUUAAAGUAUGUUGAUGGGUAUUCUUUUAAUUGCUGCAUUAGUAUAAUUAAAAUUCAUGGGUUGGACAUAAUUUUAAAAUUUCCAUAUUUUGAUUUUUUUUUUGAAAUUCUCAAUAAAAUACCGAUAAUGUACAGCUGAAUAUACAGUGUAUGUACCUACUAGACAUAAACAUCAAACACUACUGAAGUUUGUACUGGUUGGUUAUGAGUUUAURACCCCUCAAUAGCCUGUCUUAUAAAUUAUUUUUUCACGUACAUUUGUGAAAAUCAGAACACGUUCAAUUCUGUAAAACAUUCUUGCCUAUUUUUUUUAUUCAUACA